AUGAAAGGUGCCGGUGGCGGGGCAGCAGGAUCAGGCUCGGGGAGACCAGCAGUUGCAAACAAGCCUUCAUACCUUACUGGCGGUGCCGGACCCAGCUCCAAUCUGGCAGGCAAGCGGGGGACCGAGGAUCUCGACUUUUUCAUCGGAGAUGAGGCAUUGGCUGCAUCGGCUGGCCCGGGAUACAGCAUAAAUUACCCUAUCCGACAUGGCCAAAUCGAGAACUGGGACUACAUGGAACGAUUCUGGUCAAAUUCCAUAUUCAAGUAUCUGAGAGUCGAGCCAGAAGACCACUACUUCCUCCUGACAGAGCCGCCUCUGAACCCCCCCGAGAAUCGUGAGAACACCGCCGAGAUCAUGUUCGAAUCCUUUAAUUGCGCUGGUCUAUACAUUGCCGUGCAAGCGGUGCUAGCAUUGGCCGCCUCGUGGACAUCUUCGAAAGUCACAGAUAGAUCUCUGACGGGGACUGUCAUCGAUUCCGGCGACGGCGUCACCCACAUUAUUCCAGUCGCGGAGGGGUAUGUCAUUGGCUCCUCGAUCAAAAGCAUACCGAUAGCGGGGCGAGACAUCACAUAUUUCGUGCAAAGCCUGCUUCGAGACAGAGGAGAAGCAGAUAGCAGUCUGAAGACUGCGGAGCGGGUCAAGGAAGAGUACUGCUAUGUCUGUCCGGACAUUGUUAAAGAGUUUGCGCGAUACGACAAGGAACCUGACCGAUUCCUCAAACACACUGUGACGCAACCAAACGGAAGGACCCUUACAAUUGACGUGGGCUACGAGCGAUUUCUUGCUCCCGAGAUCUUCUUCAACCCCGAAAUCUACUCGUCCGACUUUCUUACACCCCUGCCAACCGUGGUGGACGGAGUGAUCCAAUCCUCGCCCAUCGACGUGCGGAGAGGUCUCUACAAGAACAUUGUCUUGUCUGGCGGUUCAACGUUGUACAAGGACUUUGGUCGAAGAUUGCAGCGAGAUAUCAGACACUUGGUAGAUGCACGCAUCAGAGCAUCUGAAGCGCGCAGUGGUGGCGCCAAGAGCGGUGGACUAGACGUGCAAGUCGUGACACACAAGCGACAAAGACACGGACCUUGGUUUGGAGGCAGUUUGCUGGGACAGACGCCAGAAUUCAGGAGUUAUUGCCAUACCAAAGCCGAGUACGACGAGAUCGGACCGAGCAUUGUCAGGCGAUUCGCUUUACUGGGCGGCCCAGGUAGUUCUUAG